AUGGAAUACAGCAUUGAUCCAGCUCUUGGUCCCCUCAACGAUACCAACAUUCAAGCCACAAACAAAGCAAGUCAUCCCCUUGAAGUAGAUUCCGACACCGAAAAGCGACCAAAGAAAAAAAACAAAAAGACCAAAAAAGCACCAACAAUCGAAUCCACUCUACCACCGAAGAAGAACAUACCAACGGCUAAGAAUGAUGCACUACCGGCAAAGAAGAAAUUAAUACCGGCUAAGAAGAACCCACAACCGGCACUGAGGAAUGGCGCAUCACUAGCAAGCACAAACGCGACUGCCAAGAAGAUGGUGUCAAGCGAGGGAGGGGAUGUUCCGGCUGAGAAGAUUUGUCCGAUCAAGCAAAGCCAACCGGAAAAGAAGAACGCACCUGCCGAGAUUCAAGUAGAAAAAAUUACGCCUAAAAACAAAAAGAAGAACGUCUCGAAGGAGGCUGCGACUAGCGAAUCCGAUACAAAACCGUCUCGAGCCAAAGCUUAUCAAGAGGACGAGGAUGUGCAAUUAUGCAAGUCAUGGCUUGAGGUUUCCCAAGACCCUCUGAACUCAACUAACCAGGCCGCAAAUACCUUUUGGAACCGCAUCGCUGAUCACUUCCAGGCGGCCAUGAAGGAUAAGAGUCGAACAUCAGUCAGCAUUAAAAGCCGCUGGCAGCUUCUUCAACGCCGAAUCAAUAAGUUUUGCGGCUGUAUUCAACAGGUCGAGCAAGCAAAUCAAAGCGGAACUAACGUCGAAGAUCGACUGAGCAGUGCUCUAAAGCUGUACUUAGCUCUCUCCGAAUCGAGUUUUACGCACCUUCGAUGUUACAAUAUCCUCUGCCACGCUCAAAAAUGGAAGGACCACUGUGUCAAGCUUGAAAAGAAACCUGUCGAACAUUGUUCGACCCCGUCCGUUGACAAUACAACCAAUCAAUCUCUCUCCUCCGAUGCUCCUGCUAUGGACGAAAACAGUGAUGCUUCGACCAUUCAAUCCGGCAGGACGGCACGACCGAUUGGAAACAAAAAGGCCAAAGAAUUUGCCCUCAAGGCCCGAGAGGACAAGAAGUUCAAAGAUGACAUCAUUGCUGUGCAUAAAGAACUUGCACAGCAGACUCAAGUGCAGAACAAUAUUCUAUCUGAACAACGCGAUUCGAUCUCAAUGUUGGCUGACGAGGCUGUAAUGAAGGCCGAUCUAUCAUCGGUUAGCGAGACUAGUCGACCAUAUUACGAAUGGCAGCAGAAAAAAGUGCUGGAUAAAAUGAAACGAGAACAAGAAGAGUACGAAAAGAAAGAAACCGAUCGAAAAAAACGAGAAGAGGAGGCAAAGAAGAAAGAAAUCGAGGAGGCAGCCAAGAAGAAAGAGAAAGAGGAGGAGGAGAAAAAGAAGAAGGACGAAGAAAUUAGAAAAAAAUCAGCCGUAAUAAUCUUAUUAGACGACCAUGAUGAAGAAGAGUAUGACGAUGACAACGAUGACGAAGGGGAAGAGGAGGAGGACGAGGAUGAGGAAGAAGAGGAGGAGGAGGAAGAGGAGGAGGAGUAG